UGUCUUUUGACAAUCUCUCCUCCACUGUCUUAAAUGAAACAGAGCACUCUUCCGAUUUUAAUUUUCAUUUCUCCCAUUGAAAAUUAAAAAUCAAAAAUCAAAUCUUUCUUCUUUCAUACGAUACAUUCCCAUUUAAUCCAAGUUUUGAAACUAUUAAAAAUUUGUUCCCUUCUCUUUGGAUUUCGAAUUUGUUCUGAUUCCUUUCUCCGAUUUUGCCAUCUAAAUAUAAACCCUAAUUUUCGACUCAAGUUUCUCAAUUUCAUCUCAGAAACCCCCAAAUUUCGUAUUUUUUCGAUUGGGUUUUCUAAUUCUCCGAUGAAGAUUUAUCUGAUUCUCCUCCUCGUGGUGGUCUCUUUAUUCUCCUCCUCCGCCUUCUCCGAUGAUUCGAUUCUCGAGUACCCAUCCGAAAUCGAGAGCAUGCACAAGAAAGCUGCCGAAGAAGAUGUCGAUUUGCAUUGCACGACCUGGAGAUUCGCGGCGGAGAUGAACAAUCUCGCCCCGUGGAAAUCGAUUCCGGCUGAGUGUGCCGAUUACGUGAAGAACUACGUCAUGGGUAAAGGCUACGCUACCGAUUUGGAGAGAGUCUCUGAGGAAGCUUUGAUCUUUGCCAACAGCGUCGAAUUCUCCGGCGACGGCAAAGAUAUUUGGGUUUUCGAUAUCGAUGAGACCCUCUUGUCUAAUCUUCCUUAUUACAUUGAUCAUGGCUUUGGGUUGGAGCUUUUUGAUCACUCGGAGUUUGAUAAAUGGGUAGAGAGAGGAGUGGCACCAGCUAUAGCACCAAGCUUGAAGCUUUACCAAAGAGUGGUUGAUUUGGGGUACAAAGUUUUCUUGCUUACAGGGAGGAAAGAGAGUCACAGGCUUGUUACUGUUGAAAACCUCAUCAAUGCUGGUUUCCAGAACUGGGACAAGCUUAUCCUCAGAUCUCCAGAGGAACAGCACAAGAUGGCGACACUAUACAAAUCUGAGAAGAGAGAUGAGAUGGUGAAAGAGGGAUACAGGAUUAGAGGCAAUUCAGGUGAUCAAUGGAGUGAUUUGUUGGGUACCUCCAUGUCUCAACGAUCCUUCAAACUUGCUAAUCCAAUGUAUUAUAUCCCCUGAAGAGUGUGUGAAGACAAGAGAGCUUUAUUUGAGGAACGUAUAUAAAACAUUUCGAAAAAUUGUAUAGAACUAUUAGAGCAAUCAAAGUGUUUUAAAAGUUGGAUUGCUUUCGCUUGUUACUUGUCCAGCAAUUAAAUGUACUAAUGACAGAGGAAGGCAACACUUGCGAUGACAUUGCCUUCCUUUUCUUAUAAUUGAAAAAAACCGAUACAUUGGAGUAAA